AUGAUCUUCUCACGGUCCGGGCGACCGGCAUUUCCUUUGCUCCCGCCAUACGGAGCUCAGGAUCCUUCCAACGGGCGAAUUAUCCCAUUGCAUCCGGACGGCCUCACACCGUACCUUGGCCUGCGUGCUCGGCUAUCACAAGUAUGGAUCAAUCGCUGGACAGUUCUGUUGAUUCUGGUGCUUGUCAGAGUCCUGAUUGCCAUUGGAGAUGUUCGGAGCGACAUGGCUACUGCAAAGCGUGAGGCACUUUCUGCCUGUACCUCCGUGGAGUCCAUGGGCAGUGCCAUGGCUUCGAUGCCGCACUAUCUGUCCUCGGGAGUCAAUGAGCUCGCAGCGUCGGGUAUUGAGAAUGCCGUCCGCGGGUUGAAGUCUAUGCUUCUGCUUACUAUCACGGGUGUGGAGGAAAUCAUUCUCUUUAUCAUCAAGAUCAUGUAUCAGACUUAUCUCUGUCUCAUCACGAUGGCUGUGCGAGGCAGCGUCCAUGUUGCUACAGCGCUGAUCGAGGACGUGGCCGGCUUCUUGAACAGCACCAUCAAGUCAGCUGCCAAGGACAUUCAGAACACUGUGAGCACAUUUGAGCAUGCACUUAAUGAUUUUGCCGAUCUCGUCAACACAGCGGCUAGCGGUCUAGGCGCUUCUCUCCCAACCCUGAGCCUGAACGAUUCGCUCAGCGCACUGGACGAUAUCUCACUCCCGUCCUCAAUCAACACAACCCUUGACAAGCUGAACGAUAAUCUCCCGUCAUUUACCGAAGUUCAGAAUUUUACCGAGAACAUUAUCAGAUUGCCGUUUGAGGAAGUCAAGAAACUGGUGAACAACUCGCUGGGAACUUACACGUUCGACCGCUCUGCUUUGCCUGUUCCAGCAAAGACGCAGCUGACAUUCUGCAACGACAAUGACGGCAUCAACAGCUUCUUCAAAGGAGUGACCGACAUCGCUGUGACGGCACGGAAGAUCUUUAUCGUAGUCAUCUUGGUUGCAGCUGUCCUGGCCUGUAUUCCUGUCGCUUGGCAAGAGAUCCGACGAUGGCGCCAAAUGAAGGAACGCGCCCAGCUGGUGCGUAAGGAGGCCCACGACCCGAUGGACGUCGUCUAUAUUGUCUCUCGGCCAUACACCGCAGCGGCGGGAAUCAAGGCCGCAAGCCGCUUUAGCAACAGCCGUCGACAGAUCCUAGUACGUUGGGCAAUUGCGUAUGCAACUUCCUUCCCGGCACUCUUUGUUCUCGCCAUUGCCAUCGCGGCCCUCCUCUCCUGCCUAUGCCAGUACAUUCUACUCAAGAGCAUCGAGAAGGCUGUUCCGGAGCUGAGCACUGAGGUUGGGGCUUACGCCGACAAAGUAGUUGGCUCAUUACAAAACGCCUCCGCGCAAUGGGCAACCGACGCGAACAAAGUGAUCUUCGAUAUGGACGCUGAUCUCAACAAGAACAUCUUCGGCUGGGUGAACACUAGCACGCGCGCUGUUAAUGACACACUCAACACGUUCGUCGACAAAACAGAAGGCGUCUUGAAUGAAACUUUCGGCGGCACUAUUCUCUACAAGCCCAUUCAGGAGCUCUUUGAUUGUCUUGUCGGCCUGAAGAUUGACAGCGUACAAAAAGGGCUCACAUGGGUCUCAGACAACGCCCACAUUGAAUUCCCUACCCUGCCAAACGACACCUUCUCCCGGGGUGCACAAGAUAGUAUCUCAAACGAUACUAACCCUUCCGAUAGCUUUCUCGCUGAUGCAGGCGACAGCACAUCCAACAAGAUCACGGAGGUGGUCCAACAAGUCAUCAACAAGCUCAAAGAUGGCCUGCGCACAGAGACCCUCAUCGCAAUAGCUAUCCUCUUGCUGUGGGUUCUUAUCGCCUUGGUUGGUAUCGCCCGUGCUAUGGUUCUCUGGUGGGGCCAUGACCGAAAUCGGGGCGAUGGGGGUGGCCAUGUCAUGGACCCUGUGUCGAACAAUCCCGGGCCCGCGCCGGACUCGAGAGAGUUCUCGGAUGUGCCCCUGACUGUUUUGCCAAAGAAUGAGCUUGGGUCCAUCCAGGCUGUACCGCAGUAUGAGACACCUAUGGCGAGCUCCGCACAGGCGAGGACUGAGCCAUCAUUCAGCGACGAAAAGCUUGGCUUUGCGGGCCAGAGGAACUAUGAGGCUGCCCUGCAGGUUGAUACAGCGCCAGCAAUGAGGAAAAGUAAUUAUGUGGAGUAUGAUGUGAAGAGAGUUUGA